CCUCUCGUGAUCCCAAUCAAGCAAGCAGUGUCCACCACGGUAGCCGCCAUCGCGCCAUGGGCAGUCGGACGUCCAGCAACUCCGCCUCCAUCUCCUCAACCGGCACGGUUGGCACCGACCCCGGUUCUAAUUCUAAGUCUGUAUCGUCGCCUUCAGUAUCCGACCAAGGCACCAUCACCGCCGCCCUUCGCGCCCUGAUGCCGACCCACCCCGCCUGCACCGAUGCCCUCGUCCUUGCCCGCACCCAUCUUCCCGCCACAAUUCUCUACCAUAGUUUUCGCGUCUACAUGUACGCCCAAGCCUCCAUGCGGAUCACCCCUUGGACCGACACGGCCGACCCUUCCUUGCCACUUAACUUCCCUGGAAUAGCGCGCAUCAGCCCCGUCUACGGAGAAUGCGCAACCAGUACCCCUCCGCACAUCUUAUUCGUCGUCUGUAUUCUCCACGCCAUAGGGCUGGCUCCCGAGUACGAUGCCAUCGCAGAGCAGUUCGAGCUCAUUGGGGCGGACGUAGCCGCCCAUCUGCUACACUCGCAUAACAUCCCGGCCCUGGCGGUCCGCGAGGCUUGGCUGGCUAUCGCUUUACAUACGAAUCCGACUAUUGCGGAGCGGAUGAGCGGCGCCGCGCGCGCUCUGCGAUUUGCCAAACGGGCGGAUUUUGGGUUUUGUCCCGUACCGCCGGCUGAUAGUCUGCCGGGAGGAGCUACUUCGGCGAAUUUGCUCAAGUGGCAGCUGCCAAGGUUGGAGAUCAAGAAGCAGCUUGGGGAUGCUAUUGUGCGACAGGCUUUGAAGGAAUCGCAGAAGGCCCCUAGGGGGUCUUGGGCAAGUGAGCUGGUAAGGGGAAAGGAGGAGCAUCCGGAUUGGGAGGGGAUUAAUAAGUGUUUUAACUUGUUUUAGGGGCAAAGAUCGUUGGGGCGCAGAUGGAUCAACUGCACAUGCAUCAAAUCUUGUUGUCCAUCAUGCCGGCUGUUGUUGGAUUGGCAAGAAAGAACCCUUUUCGGUCCAGCGGUUUCUGCUCGGAUGGACAUCCCUGCCGCAACGAGACAAACCCAAAUCCGGCGGCGGAAAGAGGUGGCACGUACUCAUCUAUUAAUUGCCGCCAGUUGAAGUAAUGAAGGCCAGGUGAAGAUACAACGACACUGGAAGAGUGCAUAGGCAAUGUAUGCCUUUGGGACAAGCAAAGGGGAAAUCUUCCCUUCACCAUUCAUACAAUAUACCAUGACUUCUCCUUGAUCGAUAUCCAAUCCUUGGUGCUAUCUUUUCUUGGCCGGCUACAACCUGAAAUAAGUUCAGAACUCCAACUCCGCAUGUCGAUGUCGAAGGAGCGAGCCACCAUAGUUGCUGUAGUUUGGCGCAUCGUCACUGCAGUCCAUGUCUUACAGAAGGC